AUGAUGCUCAACGAAGUCGCCAUCCAAUGGCUUCCGCCUGAGGAUGUCGUCACUUCGGCUGCGCUCGUGCAGUUCCCGGGUUUUGAGCUCGAACUCGAGCUCGCGCUCGCGCUCCCGCUCCCGCUCCCGCCGCGCCUUCCAGGCUGAGCUAUGGCUGAAGCGGAGGCAGAGGAGAACGGCGAAGAGGGCGACGUCUUCCGGGAGCUCUCGACUCCAGUUCCCGGCAGGACCGCUGUCUGCAUCCCACCGGCGGGGAGUCUGGCAGAGAUCCCGGCCCCGUGGGCGGAGGCCGAGCCGCCGCAGCCCGGCUUCUUCUCUCCCCCGGCUCCCCUCGCGCCCGAGGACCUCCAGCGGGUGCUGGAGCAGGUGAAGAAAGCGCCGCCGCCGCCGCCCCGCCCCCACGGGACUGCGGGCCUCGGGCCGCGCGGGAGCUGCGGCUUUAGCGUCGUGCACGAUGCGGCCCGGCGGCUGCAGGACGCAGCCCAACAGGUGGCCCAGCACUGGGGUCCGGACCCCCCGCCGCCGCCGCCGCGGCUGCUGCCACCCAAGGAACUAGAAGCCAUUCGUGUCAAGGUAAAAUCCGGAGAAAGGCCAAUGCCACCUCUUGCAGCAAUCCAGCCCAAAACAAUAACUUUGAGUCAACCAUUGAAUGGGAAUACAGAUUUGUUAGGAUUAAGCGUUGUUAAUCCUCCGAUUAUUCGGAUACAGCCUCUUAUGAGAAGUGAACCACAGGAUUUGACAAAUACUUCACCUCCACCUCCUCUUCAACUUCUUGUGCAGAGACCACUACCUCCUCUUGGACCAGUUUCUGUGGAGAAGUUUAUGGCACAUAAAAUGCUGAAUGGACAAAGGGCUACAUUUGUUCCUUUGUCUGCUUCUAACACGUCAAAAAUUACAUCAUCGGCAGUUAUGUCCAGUUCAGCAGAUUUGCUUAUUUCCACCCCUGAGAGUGAGUGCACUGAAAAGUUAAAAAAAUCUUUAAAAGUGAAAACCCGAUCAGGGAGAAUUUCACGGCCACCAAAAUAUAAAGCUAAAGAUUACAAGUUCAUCAAAACUGAGGAUUUAGCUGAUGGGCACCAGUCAGAUUCAGAUGACUAUUCAGAACUUAACGUGGAAGAAGAAGAUGACAAAAGGGGGAAAGAUACAUUAUUUAAUUCUUCAAGUGAUUACCUGAAGCCUAAAACUUUUAAGUGUCAGACUUGUGAAAAGUCAUAUAUAGGACAAGGAGGACUAGCACGACAUUAUAAACUUAAUCCAGGUCAUGGGCGGCUGGAACCUAAAAUAUUGGUAUCUGAUAAGUCUGAUGGAAGUGGAGAAGCAGGAGGUGGCACUGUGAAUAUAAUGGCUCCUGUGCCAUCAAUCCCAACUGCUUUAAAUAGUGAAGGUACACUAGCUUCGUGCGUGGCAGGACCAGAUUCAGCAUGGAAUGGGCAACAGAACUGUGAUUCUGAAGAAGCUGGAAUAUUAUUGGAGUCAGAAGAAAAAAAUGGAAUUCGCUUGGCAUGUUGGGGAUCCAGGAGGAGGACCAGAGGAUCUAAAAGAAAUAGAAGACUAAAGGCAUCUGUAAAGUCAAGCUGUUUAAGCAAACACAGCAUUUCAGUUCAAUCUACUUCAUGCAUAGGUGUACCAGCAGAACAAAAUGUAGUGAAGAAUAAAGCAAAGCUCAAAGAGUUGCUCCAGCAGUGUGACCAUGAAGAUUUAAUGAAACUGGCUCUACCGCGUCUAAGUGAGCUUGUAACUGUCUAUGAAUUUCUUCUCAUGAAGGUUGAGAAGAGUCAUCCAACAAAACCUUUUUUCCCAGAUGUAUAUAAGGAAUUUGAAGAGUUGCAUAAGAUGGUUAAGAAAAUGUGUCAAGAUUACUUCAGUAACUCUGUUCUGAGUUCUCAGCAGCCCUUGGAAAUAAAAAAUAAUGAGGUUGCUAAGUCACUGGGAAUUACAGAAGAGCUUCUACAGAAGAAAGAACUGGAAAAGAAUGGCAUUUUGCCUCAAUAUAUACUCAGUGCAGUUGAAGUGGGGCUAGGUGAAAUUACUGGACAGAAAAGAGAAAAUGAGAUACUUGAAGAAGUGCUGGUGCCAGUCAAAAGAACCAGGAUAGAAAGUGAAUCCAAGAACAUGAAUGAUAAUUAUGCUAGUCACAGUGGACUCAAGGAGAAAACCAUACCUUUGUGUAACCAAGUUAACACUGAAGGUUUCAACCUCCAGCUUAAUAGGACUACCUGUCAGUCUUCAGAAGAAACUUAUAAUGUGGCAGUCAUUGAUGGUGGGAGUCACAUGUUAAAUGCUGACCAGCCACCUAAAGCAUUUACUGAUGUAGAAGGCAACAAUGAGCCUCCUAAAGCAUUUGCUGAUGUAGAAAGCAAGAAUGAACCUGCAGGUUCUGUCAAUCUAUACCAGGCUGUUGAAGGAAUGCAAACUUCUUCCCAGUUAGAAGAUCCAGGUAGCCUAUUUCAAGAACAAACAGAGUUGCUCCCUGAAUAUGUUCAUAAUCACCCCCCUGACCAGACUAUUUCUGAUGAAUCUGCUAUUUCUGAUUUCUGUUGUACUGCGUUAUCGGAUAAAGAUUGCCCAUGGUCUGGGCAUGAGGUUCAAAACAGAAGAGAGAAUGAAGAUUGUAAAUCCCAUCAGGAAUUUUUUAAUCCAGGUAAUGAGAUUCAUGAGAUAACACCACAGCCUGAAAAUACUUUGUCAACAGACAUUCCCAUGGACAAUUCAUGCCGGACUUCUUCAGAAUCACAGCAUCACCCUUUAUUAGAAGCAUCUAUGCCCGCUGAGGACAUUCUUGAAAAUCCUACUGAAAAUUUGGACCAGUUCCCUGAGUCAUUACAGAAUGUCCAAAGACAACAGGAGAGUGCAGUUGCUGUAGGUGAAACUCUGGCCUUUGAAAUUCCUGAUGAGAGCCAGGAAUUGUCUCAGGGACAUGAACAGAUUUUUAUUCAAACUUCAGAUGGGCUUAUCCUGUCCCAUCCAGGUACAGUUGUAUCUGAGGCUAAUGAUAUUGUUAUAGUAACAGAGGUUAAUGGUACUGCAGUGCACAUCAGUACACCUGAUGGACUUCCUUUAGAAACACUGGAAGCAUUGCUGGCGGUAGAAAGAGAAAGCCAGAGUGAGAGCAUUAUGAACUCUCAUAAUUAAAUAGUACCAGAAGCAUAGUUUUUACAUUUAUACAUAAUUGUCUUAAGAAAUGGUCUUUUUCAACAAAAGUCUAUUUUUCUAAUGUGAAUACUGAAACAAGUGGACCUUUUAUUUAUAAAGAAUUAUCUUAUUUCUACAAUGAAAUGUACUUUUUUAUGUAUCUUGUCUGAACUGAAAAUAGCUAAAUAUAACCAAAAACCAUGUUGGUUUUUGAUUUCAAACACCUUUUAAAACUUCAAGAGCUUGUGAUGAAUGUUGUGAAAACUGCAUUAUCACUUGUUUCAUGAAACCGUUUACAACUCUUGAAUUCCCGUUCCACCCCCCACAAUGCAGUUUGCUUCACUGCAUUUUGACAGUGAUGUCUAUAUUGGAAACUUCUUGAAAGCUAUAUUUUAACAAAAUUGAUUGCACGGUAUUUUCCUUGGUAAUAGAAUAUCACCAUUACUAUCCCAGUUUUAGAGAUCAGAUGGAAGAACAAUUUCUUUGUGGUCUGUUUCAAGAAAGAACUAGUGUGAUAGUCACAUCUCACUGUGAAAAAGUAAAGAGGCCCUUCAGAUUCUAAGAUGUCUGUUUGACUCAGUUUUUAAUGAUUUUUUUAAAACAGAAUUUGCCUUAGUCUGUGGUAAUUAAUAUUCUACACUGAAAACCGUGAUAUUUUAGUCAUUUAUACUAAAUAGUCCAUGGGUGGAUAAAAAAAGAAAUUUUUGACCUAGUCCUUUCUUUUCCACAAAGGGUUACAAGACUUAAAUAGGACAAUCAGAAUUAUAAAAAGCAGCAUAUAAUCAAGUGCCAAAAUAUGUAAUAGACUAUCAUAGUAUUUCUCUUUUAAAGUAUAAUUUUGGAUUAUCUCUUUUGAGUCUCACAGUACUCUUUUUCUAGUACUAAAAUUUCUUGGUGCUUUUUCCUUCUAAAACAAUGUUUUAUUAAAUUUUAUUUACACUUCUGCCAUUUCCCAAUAUUCAUGUACUACUCCCCUUCCUCUUUCAUAGCAAUGAAAAUGACAAAUUGAUGUCUAACAGCAUGUGUGUCAUUCUUCACCUGUAAUGAUGUUUCGUUUAUCAGUCUUUAGGAUUUAAGACUGGUCAUUACAUUUAUGUGAGUCCUCCUAUCUUUUAGUGUUAUUUUCUCAAUUUUAAAUUAUUUUUUUUUUGACUGGUAUUUUCUCUUACAGCAUUUGUGGUCAUUGUGUGGAUUUUUACCAGGAUUCUGCCUUCUUUAUUUUUCAUUGGCCAGUAUAAGCCCUCCCAAGUUAAUCUGAAUUCUUAGAUUUGUAAUUUCUUAAUGGCACAGUAAUAUCUCAUUGUAUUCAUAUGCCAUAGUUUGUUCCUAGUUUAUGGGAAUAAAUUCUCACUGUUUUCCAUCUUCCUUCCCUCUUUUUGAUGCUAUUAAAAGUGUUGGCAGAAUUAAUUUGAUAUAUAUAUAUAUAUAUAUAUAUAUGAGACACCUUUAUCUCUUGUCUUUGACAUCCUUAGGGUAUACACCCAGUCUGGAGUUUUUUUUUCCUAUUUGAGUGUUAUAUUGAAGGCUUUAUUUUGCAUCACUAUCACUUCACAAUAAUGCUCCCUACCCUCAGUGGAACCCUCUGGAACGUAAACCUGCUGUGAAUAGAGACUGUUUUUCCUUGUAAUUGUAUCCCUAAUGCCCAGCAUGGUACUGAGCACAUAUUGGAUACUUAAUACUUAUUGACUUAAAACAAGUAAGUAUAGUCAAGCAAAACAUUACCACAUUGGUCAUGGGUGAAUACCAGUGUAUCAUUUCUUACCUCUAUUUCCUACUUCUGGUGACAGAGGGAGGGGGAAGCAUGCUUCAUUGCUAUUAUUUUAUUUUAUUUUUUGGGGGGUUAGGCAGUGGGGUUAAGUGACUUGCCCAAGGUCACACAGCUAGUGUUAUGUGUCUGAGGCUGGAUUUGAACUCAGGUUCUCCUGACUCCAGGGCCAGUGCGCUAUCCACUUAACCACCAGGUGCCCCUCAUUGCUAUUCUUUUGAAUCUAUAAAUGGUGACUACAUUGAUCAAAGUUCUAAAAUCUUUUUUCCCCGCAUCAUAUAGAUUGUUUUCCUAGUUCUGACUUACUCUGCCUUCAGGUGAUGAAAGUCUUCCCAAGUUUUCCUGAAGUCUCCAUACUUGCUGUUUGUUACAGUGCAGUAAUUACAUUCAUAUACCAUAAUUUAUUGUCAUUCUUCAAUUAGUGGACAUUUAUUUCUCUUCUAGUUCAUUAAAAUUUUUUAAAUUUAUACUUUUUAAAAUGUCAUUCAUUUCUGAAUUUAUCCUCCUUCCUACUGGUAACUACUACCCAAGCAACACUCCCGUUGUAACAAAUGUUAAAAAAGAGAAAAGGAUUAUGUGCAAUAUUCUAGUCCUCUACCUCUGUAAUAAAAGGUGGGAAAGUCCAGUUUUUUAA